AUGAAGGAUACUUAUCAAACGACUGAGUCAAAAGAUGUACAGGUUCAUAAUUAUUUAAAAGCAAUAAGUGAAGAAUUGCAAAAUGUGGAUAGUAAAGUGGUUCGUAAGGGAACUAGUAAAGAUGCUAUCUUGAGUAAAGUGAGAGAUUUUGUUAUGCAGGGAUGGCCUGAUAAAGUUGAAAAAUGUUUUGAACCUUUUAAAAGUCGUCGGUUAGAAUUAUCAGUGGAGGAUGGUUGUAUUAUGUGGGGUUAUCGCGUUGGUAUUCCCCCGUCCUUAAGAGCUGAAUUGCUUGAGGAAUUGCAUGGAAUUCAUUUAGGAAUAGUUAAAAUGAAGGCAUUAGCUCAAUCAUAUUUUUGGUGGCCAGGUCUAGAUAAUGAUAUAGAGGAGAUCACGAAAAGUUGUAAAGAUUGCUUGGAGAGCGCCGAUGAUCCUCCUAAAAGUACAUUGCAUGUUUGGAAGUGGCCUCAAGGGCCAAACCAUCGUAUACAUUUAGAUUUUUGUGGACCAAUUGGGGGCCAUAUGUAUUUAGUAAUAACAGACGCUUAUUCUAAAUGGAUUGAUAUUAAGGAGAUGAAAGAUAUCUCAGCGGAAUCCACGAUUAGAGCAGUGAAAGAAUAUACCAGUACAUGGGGAGUACCGUAUCAGAUUGUUUCUGAUAAUGGUCCAGCGUUUGCGAGCGAACAGUUUAAAGAAUUCGUAUCGCGAAAUGCUAUUAAGCAUACGAAAACGGUACCAUAUCAUCCUGCGUCUAACGGAGCGGCCGAGAACGCUGUACGUACAUUUAAAAGGAAGUUUAAAUUGUUACUUAAAGAUUAUACGAGACAGGAUGCGUUAUGUAAAUAUUUAUUUCACUAUCGAGUGACACCUCAUUGUACUACGGAAAAGUCACCAGCAGAGUUACAGUUAAAUAGGCGUUUGCGUACUAGAUUAGAUAUUAUUAAGCCUGAUAUUAGAAAUAGAAUAGAGUCAAAACAGAGGGAUCAGCAACGUUUCUUCAAGGGCAAUCGUACUGUUACGUUCGGAGAGAAUGACUCCGUAAUGGCUAAGGAUUUCAGAACAAGGUCGUGGAGACAAGCGGAAAUCGUGGAAAGAAACAAGUCCGGUUUCCUAUAA